AUGGUGCAGACUGAAGUGUGGGUGGAGCUUAAGACUGACGAUGGGCGCGUCUACUUCUGGAAUCGCCGUGACAAUUCCCGGGCCUGGAAACUCCCAGAGGGUGAGGAGGUGAAAUGGAUUGGCGAGAAGGCGAAAGACGGCCGCACCUACUACUGGAGCCGCACCAGCAAGGAAACCGUGUGGGUGCUGCCGGCGCUGCCCGAUGAGCCGAAAAAGGAGGAAAAGGCCGCUUCCGGAGCACUUUCCUCGCUCCUGCGUGGUGCGGAGCAGGAGCCUGCUCGUGGCGAUCCUGGCAACGACGUGCAGAGGCAGCAGCAGGCGCUUCAGGAGGCCUAG